GCCAGUUUUGCCUCCUGGUGUGCGUACGACACUCGACUAUAGCCCACAGCAGCCAGCGGCUGACCUCGCGCAGACAACUCGCAGUACGCUUCCUGGAACCGGGUCCGCUCCAUUCACCAGCAGCCCUAUCUCGCGCGCGUCGACUCCAGAGCUUCACGCGCAGCGACACAGAUGGCGCAAGCACAGAACGCGGUCGUCAUCGACAUGGGCACCCCCGCGCCCGCAGCGGGAGCAACAGGAGCCGCAACUACCGCUCCGCCCGCAUCGAAGGCUAACGACACCCUCUUCGGCCCCAACAUCGGUGUGCUCGGCGGUGGUCCGGAGUGGGCGGAGAGCCCUGAGAAGAGCCAGGAUGUAUUGACUCCGGAGGUAGUGAAGGGCUGGAUUGCGAAGAGCAAGCAGACCCACUAUUCCACCACGACCCUUCAGGCGCUGGUCAACCUGAAGCGGCCCACCCUCCGUCUAUCCCCACUAGAGAAUGAUACCUCGUCUGACGAUGCCGACCAUGUGGACUCUCAACACCACCAUGCGCUCGAGUUCGAAUUCGACUGCGACGCUCCGAAGAGCGGUAUCCGCGUGCACGUCCUCCUUCCCCCUAAGCAUCCCAUGGCAGGCAAGCCAGAUGCGUCGGGCUUUUCCCGGCUCCUCGUCUUUGAGACCAUUGUCGAAGGUGGGUUCGGACGUAUGCUCAAGCUGGAAGAUGGCGCCAUGCUCGAGCUUGGGCGGUUCGACAACACGCGGGCAACCGCUACGGAUGCCCAGGCGACGUCUUCUAGCCCCGAUCAGGAGAAGGCACCCACCCCUGAGCCGUCAUCGACGGAGAACCCCCACCGCAGGAAGCGUUUCACCACGAACUUCCACUUCCGCAAGCGGAGCCAGGACCGUGGCGUCGCUGGCCCGGCACUGGCCGUUGUCGAUGCGGACGUGCACCCGGCGACCGAGGGCGAAGACAAGCCCAAGGAAGCGAAGGACGAGGAAGAGGUCGGUGUUCGCGUCACCAUCCGCCUAACCGCCCUCGACGCGGAGGGUAAGGAGCUGCCGUCGCACAACGAGCAGGUGACAUAUUUGCACAUCGUUCGCUUCGGUGCUCCUCCCGUCGCCGUCGACGGUGUCGAGUCAGAGGACAACCGGCCGUGGGUCGUCAAAGUCGUCAAGCGCGAAGCUACGAUUGGCUUGCACACUUUCCACCUGCACGAGAUCUACGGUUUGUCGGCCAACUCGAACACUCCCUCUCACUCGACACCCGCUCCCACUGCGACCCUCGACACGCACACUUAUCCUCCUGCGGUACCUCCUUCGGUACCUGCGGACGACGAGCCCCAGUCGGAGUGCCUGCUCUGCCUUUCGUCCCCGCGGGAGGUCGUUCUUCUACCAUGCCGUCACCUGGUCGCCUGCCGCGAAUGCGCGCUCAACAUGAUUGAGUUCGGCGCCGGAGGUACGAUCGUGCACAACGACAGCGAGACGAACGCCACCGGCUCGGAGGCACCGGCCGCCGAGGGCACCGCUGCUGCUCCUUCUGAGGGCGCCGCGGAAGGGACUGCCGGCACUCCCGCUACGGAGGGCGCCCCUGCCGCCGCCCAGGCCCCACCGAUCCCGACCAUCCAGACUAACCCGCGGCGGAAGAGGAAGGCCAAGGGCUGGUUCUGCCCAGUGUGUCGCCAACCGUAUACCUCAUUGCUGCGGAUCACGACCACGCCGCCCGAGAUGGACGAGAAGGACGACCAUGGCGACUCGGCGUCUGGGGACGAGCACGUUCCCCAGGCUGUCGCUCCCCCCGUUGCUGCGCCUGCCGUGCCCCCACCGGUCGUCCAGGCCGACCGCGGCCGGUUCGCGUCCAUUCCGCGCCCGGGCUUCCUGCGCGGUUUCGGCCGCCAGGGCGCGCCGCAGCCGGACCUCGAGCGCGGUACCGCGCCCGCUGCGAACGCCGCGUGAUCUCGAUGCUCGACUUCAGUCGACCCGCUGGCCAUGGGUCCGCAUGAUGUAUUUCUCCGCUCUAUCUUGGAAGAGGUGUAUGAUUAUAAGGAUACGGCGUGGAGGGAUACCGGCGGGAUGGCUUGGAUCUCUUGUUUGUAGCGGCGGACGUGUUUCAUAUAUGCUGUUUGUACGGUCGUGAUCUGUAUGUCUGUCUAUGCUAUCCCCUUUUAGACUGG